UCUGGAAUCUCUAUGGUCCCGGUGUCAGUGGGUGUGGGAAACGAAGUGUGAGGCCGCACGUGUGGUUCUGCCCGUCCGUGUCCCGUCACUUAUCGGUCUAGGCCGUGUCACGCUCGCACGAGAUAUACCUGCUGUACCUGAGUUUUGUGACACAAGAUGCCGAAGAAAGCGAAGGAAGUGGAGGAGUGGGAAGGGGCCGAGGACGAGACAGCGCGAACAGAAAAAGUUGUGAAGAAAGGAGUUAAGAAGGAUAAGAAGGGGAAGAAGUCUUUCUUCGAGGAACUGGCUUCGGAUGAUAAAGCAGAGAAGGAGGAACCUGCGGUGAAGGAGGUGCAGGGAAAACAGCCCCAGAAGAAGAAGAAAGACCGUCGAAAAGGCAAGGGAGGAGAGGAGGAUGACGAUGACGCUGAGGUGAUGCAGAGGCUCAAAAAGCUGUCCGUCCAACCCAGUGAUGAGGAGGACGAAGAAGUUAUCAUGCCCAGGAAAAGUGGCAAGAGAAAUAAGGGUGGGAAUAUAUUUGCUGCUCUGAGUCAGGGGCAAAGUGGUGGUGGUGGUGGUGGUGGUGAUGAUGAUGAGGAGGAGGAGGAGGAAGAGGAAGAGGCAGUGGGUGACAGAGAUGACGAUGAGAGACCAAAGAAUAAGAAAAGCAGCAAGGAUGAGGAGGGAGCGAAAAAAGGCAAGAAAAAAGAUAAGGCUAAGAGCAAGAAGACAAAGGUGGUUGAUGCAGAGGGUUCUGAAGGUGAAGAAUUAGAAAAACAGGAUGAAGAUGAGAAGAAUAAAAGCAAUAAAAAGAACAAGAAGGCAGCAGGAAAGCCGGUGAAGGUCUCUGACAACGAGGAAGAAGAGAAGGAUGAGAAAAUGGAGAAGCAGCAGCAGAGUAAGAAGGGCAAGAAGGAUCAGCCAAAGACGCAGGCUACCCGUCCAUCUCAAAACCAGGAUGACGAUGAGGAGGAGGGGGAGGAGAAGAGUAAUGGAGAGGACGUUGGCAAGGAUGCAUACGAUGAUGACAAUGGACAGGCAAAAGAGGGACCUGAGGACCCAUAUGCUAACUUGAGCAAAAAGGAGAAGAAGAAGAAGAAGAAACAGCUGGAGUACGAGAGGCAGGUGGCCAGCGUUCGGGCCCAGAGUGCUGCAGAAGGAGACUUCGCUGUGUCCCAGGCUGAGAUGUCCUCCAGACAGGCCAUGCUGGAGAACGCCUCUGACAUCAAGCUCGAGAGGUUCAGUAUAUCUGCCCACGGCAAAGAGCUCUUUGUCAACGCAGACCUGCUCAUCGUGGCUGGAAGACGAUACGGUUUGGUUGGACCAAACGGGAAAGGGAAGACCACACUGCUGAAACACAUUGCAAACAGGGCGCUUAGUAUCCCUCCGAACAUCGAUGUCCUGCUCUGCGAACAGGAGGUGAUAGCGGACGACACACCAGCAGUGCAGGCUGUGCUCAAGGCGGACACACGCAGGCUGAAGCUCCUGGAAGAGGAGCGACAGCUGCAGAGCCUGUUGGAUAAAGGGGAGGACAAUGUGACCGAGAGGCUGGAGAAGGUGUACGAGGAGCUGAGGGCGAUUGGUGCUGCUGCUGCUGAAGCCAAGGCCCGUAGGAUCCUGGCAGGUCUCUCCUUCACACCUGAGAUGCAGAACAGGGCCACAAAGAAGUUCUCUGGCGGGUGGAGGAUGAGGGUGUCACUGGCCAGAGCGCUGUUCAUGGAGCCGACGCUGCUGAUGCUGGAUGAGCCCACCAACCACCUAGACCUGAAUGCUGUCAUCUGGCUCAACAACUACUUGCAGAGCUGGAAGAAAACACUCCUGAUUGUUUCUCAUGACCAGAGUUUCCUAGACGAUGUGUGUACUGACAUCAUCCACCUGGACAACCAGAAACUGUACUACUACAGGGGCAAUUACUUGACCUUUAAGAAGAUGUACAUACAGAAACAGAAAGAGCUCCAGAAACAGUAUGACAAACAGGAGAAGAAGCUGAAGGAGUUGAAGGCUGGAGGGAAGUCCACCAAGCAAGCUGAGAAGCAGACCAAGGAAGCUCUGACCCGUAAGCAGCAGAAGGGGAAGAAGAAGGGCCAAGAGGAGGAGAGCCUGGAGGCCACUGAACUUCUCAAGCGGCCCAAGGAGUACACCGUCAAGUUUACAUUCCCUGACCCUCCACCGCUCUCCCCGCCCAUCCUGGGCCUUCACAGUGUGGACUUCGGCUACGAGGGUCAGAAAGGUCUCUUUAAGAAUGUUGACUUUGGAAUCGACAUGGAGUCCAGAAUUUGUAUAGUUGGACCCAAUGGAGUUGGGAAGAGUACUUUACUGUUGCUGCUGACCGGAAAAUUAACUCCGACUCGAGGGGAGGUGCGAAAGAAUCACCGACUGAAAGUGGGUUUCUUCAACCAGCAGUACGCUGACCAGCUGAACAUGGAAGAGGCACCCACAGAGUACCUGCAGAGGAACUUCAACCUGCCCUAUCAGGACAGCAGGAAGUGUCUGGGCCGCUUUGGCCUCGAGAGCCACGCACACACCAUCCAGAUCUCCAAACUGUCAGGAGGCCAAAAAGCCAGGGUGGUAUUUGCUGAGCUGGCCUGUCGACAACCUGAUGUGCUCAUUCUGGAUGAGCCUACUAAUAACUUGGAUAUCGAGUCCAUCGAUGCCUUGUCCGACGCCAUUAAUGAGUACAAAGGAGGUGUGGUCAUCGUGAGCCAUGAUGCACGGCUCAUCACAGAGACCCAGUGCCAGCUCUGGGUGGUAGAGGACAGUACUGUGAAUCAGAUCGAGGGCGACUUUGAGGACUACAAACGGGAGGUGUUGGAGGCGUUGGGGGAGACCCUGGCUCACAAAAGUAGGGAGUGAGAGUGGGCAGCAGAGACAUGCCAGAAAGGGCCACAAGGGUACACCAGCACAUGGGGAGCGUUUACUUAGGGGCCUAUUGUGUCUUGUCAGCCAACGAAACGCCUGGCUCUUUCCAGCACAGUAAGGGGUACACUCUCUCACGGCUCAGAAACCAAGUGGAAGGUGGGAUGUGCAGACUGAGAUGCUUCUGCACUGUUGAAUAGACACAAGAAUGCUUUACCACUGGCCCUGCAUAUACAAAGUAUUUACAGCUCUGGGCAGAGAUGUGACAGGAUCACUUCCAAGAUUCAAUUUAAGUGGAUCUUUUGCUGUAGCUAAAUGUCACACAAAAUAAAUG